UCUCUCACUAAGGUUUAUUAUUUCUGCAGCCCUACGGCGGCCGUGCGGGGUCAGACGCGCUCUCGCCGGCCGUUGUGAGGGGCUGCUGUAGUAAUGGAGGGGGUCACGGUCGGCCAGGUAUUUGAUGCGGAAUGCAUCCUCAGCAAACGGCCGAGAAAGGGGAAGUUCGAGUAUCUGGUGAAGUGGAGAGGCUGGUCGUCCAAGCACAACAGUUGGGAGCCAGAAGAAAAUAUUUUGGACCCGAGGUUACUAGCAGCGUUUCACAAGAGAGAACAAGAGAGAGAGCUUCUGUUCCAGAAGAAAGGAAAGAGGCCGAGAGGACGUCCGCGGAAGAUUCUGCAGCCUGUUCCAGCUGCCACAAAAGACAGCCGCUCCUCAUCCUCCUCUUCCUCUGGCCUUUCGUCAUCUCCCUCCUCCUCUUCCUCUGAGGAUGAAGAUCACUCCAAGAAGGCGAAGCCCGGCCCUCGAGUCCACCCCGUCCCCCAGAAGAGGCCCCAGAUCAUGCUGGCCAAACCCGACCCCCCCUGCAAGAAGAAGCGAGGCAGGAAGCCGCUCCCCCCCGACCUGAGAGCUCUAAGACAGGCGAAGAGCAGACCGCCUUCUCCUCCUCCUCCUCCUCCUCCUCCUCCUCCCCCCCCUCCUCCUCCUCGCCACCACCAGGUGCUCAGACCGUCCAGGGAGGAGCCUCGGCCCGGCGUGAAGAAGCCGCUGCAGCCGGCCAGCUUCACCUACACCGGGCUGAGCCGGAGCUCCAGAGACGAGGCUGCGUCCGCCGCCCAGACCUCCAGCAGCUCCUUCUCCCAGACCGGAGCCUCCAAACCCGGAUCCCUCAGCUGCAUCUGGACCAACCGCUCCCUGUCCUCCUCCUCUCCCUCCUCCUCCUCCCACAAAGCCAGCGCCUCACAGAGUAAGAACUCGCUGUCCGAGCUGAAGCGCUCCAUCUCAGAAACAGGCGGCGGCAGAGGAGACGGGUUCAAAGUGUCUCCUCUGAAACCAGGCGGAGGUUCGGGGUCGCUGGGCGGGUUCGUUGGAGGCCAGGCGGCGGUCCAUCGCUCCGCGCUGGGCCAGAGGAGGCAGGAGGGCCUCGGAGGUCAGAGCGGGUUGGUUCAUCACAAGCAGCAGAACUCCAGUCUCCAGUCCAAAGCAUCGUCCUCGCCCACGCCACGAGACCGAGCCAACCAGGCGCUCAGCCUCCGAGCCCUCAACCUGCAGAGCGUCAGCAAGCCGCCGGCCGGCAGCAGCCUGCAGGCGAGCAGCGCCGCAGCGUCCAGGUCCAGUUUAAGGAGCGGAGUUGUCGUAAAAGGAGCAGCGGGAGGCAUCAAAGACACUCGAACAUCAGCCGGGCAGCGCUCGGGUCUGCCAGCAGGCGGCGGCGUGGAGCAGGCGAGGUUACGAGAGGACAGGAAGGAGAUGUUAGAGGAGACUAAGAAGCUGGCGGGAGGCGGCUCCGGCAGGGGGAACGGCAGCGUGAGGCAGGACGAGAGGAAACAGACCCGCAGCCUGAACGAGCUCAGCACCGGCGACUCCGACGAGACCAGCAGCAGCGAAUCGGAGCACGACGCCGUCCUGUAUCCUAACAACAGCAGGCCCAGCCUCGGCAACGACGCCACAGAGUCGGACACGGAAACGGACUGGCGGCCGACCCGCAGCCUCCUGGAGCACGUGUUCGUCACCGACGUCACGGCCAACUUCAUCACGGUGACGGUGAAGGAGUCGCCGACCAGCGUGGGAUUCUUCAACUCUCGAAAUCACUGAAGGACGUCUGACGAUGCUUCAGUCCGCUGAGCUGAACUGGACCCCAACUGUCUUACAACUCUUCCUGCAGCAGCUCUCAGGGUUCCUACAGACGCUCGCUCUCCGCUCUUUUACACGCGGAGAAAUGCACAAAACGUUUGGAAUGUAUCAUUCGAUACGUUCUGCAGUUUCACGAAUCCAGAAGACACAAACACAGCGGAGAUCAUAUCGAAUAAGAAACUAUUUUAAUCAAGUAUUUAUCAAGGAACAAUGUAGGAACCCUGAUGUUUAGACCCCGUUUACACCUGAUUAUUAAAACGCAGUCUGUGUCCGAAAAGAAGUUCAAAUAUAAGCAGCUGGAAACGCGUCGGCGUGGCGUUCCCACUUCAGUUUUCCGUCCUUUCAAACGUUCAACUGAAGGAAACAGAAUCUAACGAAAAGUCACAAAAGGUCGACGUUUUAUCUGCCGCCAACGACCAGGAAAUCAGCAUCCGGCGUUUUCUGACGUGCUGCUGCAGAAGUUAGUCGCUUAAUUGAUUAAUUGAUUUACUAUUUGCAACUGUUUUAAUAAUUGAUGAAUAGUUUGAGUCAUUUAUCAAACAUUCAAUAGUUCCAGUGAUAAUAAACUGAAUAUCUUCAGAACGUGUCUGCUUCUGAUGUUUGAAAGAUCAAAUGAUUAAUUGAUGAAAAAUAAUCAUUAAAUUGCAACUUUUUUGGUUCGAUGAAGGUUCAACUUUCUAGCUGUUUACCCCCAGAGCUUUCAAGCACAGCUCAUGGUCUUCAUCGGCGGCUAGAGUUAGCUCAGUCGUCGUCACGUGAUCGGAAGUUUAUCAGUGGGAACGUUUGGUCGUGUGAUGACGCGACACCGCAGGUAGUUGACGAGUGUCUUCACUCAAGGUGAACUUGCUGGCUUUUUUUUUCACAAGAGCUUUCGAGCACGGCUCAUGGUCUUCAUCAUCAGCAGAUAAAGAUUCAUCAACGGAUAGUUUGCUCAGUCGUGGUCAUGUGAUCGCACAGGCGGUUGUAUAACAUAACACCUGUUCGCAUCUAACCCCCCCCCCCUCUGUCUGUUGAUGAAGACCAUGAUGUGCGGUUGAAAGCCCUGGAAAAAAAAUAGUAAGUGGACCUUGAGUAAAGAUUUUUUUUUUCACCUUUCACGUCGACUUUAAUUGAACUUCUCAGCAGCGACAAACCGAUCGGUGAGUCACAAACACUACUUCCUGUCGCAGAUCGCGUUUUCUGAAAAGGUUUGGAAUCGGGGUUUAAACCUCCAGAUGGAUGUACGACACCACCUCUCCAGUGCCUCAGGUUCCUCUCACAGCUCACUGCCACUGUCCAGCUGCUUGUGACCAUUAGUUUGAGUAGGAACGUUUGUGCUUGUCGGACCUGUAUCCAAACUUAAAUAUGUGGCAGCAUGACGAAAAAAAACAAAAAAAAACAAACAAAAAAAAAAACAAGUGAAGUUUGUCUGUGAUCGGUAAAUCUUCAUCCACACAUCUGGGGUUUUUUUUUUUUUGUAAUCGUCUUUCAGUUCUCUUUGGACCAAAGGUGUUACGAAUGUGAAUUAUCUGUUUUUUAUUAUUUUAAUUUGUAUUAUUGACAGUAUUUCUUGCACUACGCACAAUAUAAAUAAAUGUAAGCUGAUUUCUUUUCAUCAUCUCAAACAAGACAUUCCACCAUCACUUUAUUUUAUUAAUACAUCUGCCGUCACAGUGUCUCUUGGAGUUGAAAUAUGUGUUAAUUUAUAUUUGUAAAUAUGUUUGUUUUUUUUUUUUCUCAUGUGAUAUCUAUCUGGUGCUCAUAUUGGCUUACUAGCUUCAGACACUUGUAGCCUGUGUGCCUCUCUGCCAUUUUGAAGGUAUUUGAAAUAAACCAUAAGUACCUAAAGACUUUAAA